AUGUCUGAUAAUGAAAUUAAAGAAUCUAAAGAUCUAUACACUCAUUUUGCUCUUUUUGUAGACUUUGAUCCUACAACAUUUGAUAUUGUUAUUAAAGAACCAAAGCGGCAGAAAGCCAUAGAUGAAGAAAUUGCUACCAUCGAGAAGAAUAACACUUGGGAGUUGAUAGAACUUCCAAAGCGACAUAAGACAAUUGGUGUUAAAUGGAUUUACAAGACUAAGCUAAAAGGAAAUGGAGAAGUUGACAAAUACAAGACAUGUCUUGUUGCUAAAGGCUACAAGCAAGAAUAUGGUGUGGAUUACAUAAAAGUUUUGGCUCCAAUUACAAGGCAAGACACAAUCAGAUUAGUGAUUUCUUUGGGAUCACAAAACUCAUGGUCUAUUCUCCAAUUGGAUGUAAAAUCAACUUUCUUGCAAGGAGACUUGUAA